AUGGCGAGGGGUGGGCGAACGGCGCGCGCAGCCGCCGAGAGUGAUACCGCGGGAAGAUUCGCGCGCGGACGGGCGUUAGAGACGACGAGCGCGGUGCGACUCGGUGAAGACGUCGCGGUCGAUCGCGUCGUACGAUUCGUGCGAGCGAGAAGACCGGAUCGACCGCUCAUCGACGCCGAUUCUUUGCGGGACGUCGUGGUGUUGAACGGAGGAGCGCUCGUCGAAGAGACGACGACGUCAAACAAAGGGACCGACGCCGAAGACGAGAUGCCUCGAGGGAUGAGCACGAGAGGGAUGGAUCGAGGGGAUGAUUUAUACGCCACUCGGGACGUUCGCAUGUCGUGGUUUGGUGCUCGUAGGGCGGGUGCCGGGUUAGCAAAUUUGGGGAAUACCUGCUUUCUGAAUUCGGUGCUUCAGUGCUUGACGCACACGCCGGCGUUGGCACAUUUUGCCCUCAGUGGAGAGCACAAGAAGUAUAAAACGAGCGGCUCGUUCAACGCCAUGUACGAGAUCGGUGAGCACGUCGCUCGAGCGUUGAAUUCGAGCGGGAGAACUAUCGCUCCUACCGCAGUGGUUAAGAACAUGCGGGCUCUUUCAAAGACAUUUCGCAAGGGCCGGCAGGAGGACGCGCACGAGUUGGCGCGUUGCCUCCUUGAUGCGAUGCACAAAAAGUGCGUGGAGUUGGUCAAGCCUAAGAUUUCGCCGAACAGCGCUCGAGGAGAGACAAGCUUUGUGUGGAAAGUGUUUGGCGGAAAGCUUCGUUCGCGCGUGAACUGCAAGACGUGCGGGCGCAAUAGCGAAACGUUCGACCCGUUUCUCGAUCUUUCGUUGGAAGUAGGACGCGCGAAGAGCGUGCUCGGGGCGUUCAAGUUAUUCACACACACUGAGAUACUCGAUGGUGAUAACAAAUACAAGUGUGAAGGGAAGAACCCGGGUCAAUCCAAGCCGCAUUUCACGAAGGCGUCGAAGCAGUUCACGGUGGACCAAGCGCCAAACGUACUCGCGGUGCAGCUCAAGAGGUUCGCCUACGUGCCGUUCGGUAGGGGUAAACUCAGUCACUUUGUUGAAUAUCCUCUGGUGUUGGACGUGACGCCCUAUCUCUCUGACGAAGACCGCAAUUCAAAGAAUCGCGCAGUGUACGAUUUGUACGGCGUGCUUGUGCACGCCGGAAGCAGCUCGAACAGUGGACAUUAUUAUUGCUUUGUGAAGACUGCGACUGGGACGUGGUGCGAGAUGGACGACGAGAGUGUCAGCUCAGUGAGUGAGAAGACGGUACUCAAGCAGCAGGCUUAUUUAUUGUUUUACGCGCGCAGAAACGCGCCGGGUACAUUUGAACAAAUGAAAAAACUGUGUCAAAAUGUACCAGACGCGGCGAGAGCGCUGAAUAGUUUGGAGACAAAGAGCGCUGCGGCAGAGCUGAAAACGCAGCCUGCUGAGAAGCGUAAACAAGAAACAGUGGAGAAUGUUCGCGCGAAGAAAGAGACGGUAUCGAAGGAAAACGUUUCGACGCCGUCACUGGGAAAGAGAAAGCUUGGAGAUUUGAACGGCCGGGCGUCGCCCGUGCGCUCGUCAGUCGGCAGAAGUAUUGUUCGGAGCAAAUCGCCAUCAGUGCGAAGCGCUUUCGAUUCUGCAAAGAGAGCGCUUUUACUUCGUCGAUUGAGACGUCUGAGUCACGACGUUGGAGUCACUUUAGAGGAUAUUCCGGCAGUAAUCGCCUCGGACGCGCCAGUAAGAACACGAAAUGCGAUGAAGGAGGACGAUGGCGAAGCUUUGCGCGAUUGGUUAGCGAAGACGUCGACGUCUGCGAAAUGGGACGAAGAAGACGGAGAUGCGCAGCAAACUAAGAAGAAGAAGAAAACGCCGCCGCAUGAGCCGCAAACGAAAAUGUCUGCGAGCGGAACGCGCGCGCGUCGUGCGUACGACCAGUUCGACGAGGAGUAUGAUAGAGGGAAAACUCCAAAGCAUCGAAGACGGAAAGAAAAAGCAGCGAGCGCGCCGCCUCUUCCGAAACCGGGAGCGCAUCGCGCGCGACAGAGAAACCCAUUUCAAAAACGUGGUGCUGUGUAG